GACGAACAAUAAUGCCAACGAUUCCCUAGCAGAUAUUAGCAUUGGGAAUAGUGCCAGCAGUGCAAGUGAUAACGUCACCAUCCCUAAUAGUGCAAACGCAAACUCUACUAUACAAAAUCCGAAUGCAAGCCCGCCGCGCAAUCAAAAUCGACACUUGUCUCAAAAUCAGGAUCCUCUUGCUACGCCGAGAUCCUUCUUUCGAAAUAAUACCGCGUCUGUAACACCUAGUCUGUUAUCCUCUCCACCACCUCCUUUCAAACUUCCGUUUCUCUCAAGUAAGGACAGUCAAACCAUAGGUAAUGACAUCUUUGAGUCCCCACUACUCGCUGGCUCUCCUUUUUGUGAUGCCCGCACCAGUAUCGGGAGUACAUCCAGUGUUCUAGGCACUCUCAGGUUGGAAGAUAAAUUGAGGUUAUGGAGACAAGACGCCUAUGUGAAAAAUUUAUAUGAAACUGCUGCAUUUUGGGGAAGCAAAGUGAUGACAAUGACUGGCGAUUCAAAUGACGUGUAUUGGUUGGCUUUGGUGUAUUACAACAUGGGUCAAUAUGUUAGAGCACAGAAACUAAUAAAGAACUUGAUCGAUUCGAGCGUAAUAUGUCGAUAUUUAGCCGCAAAGUGCUGCAUCAAAAUGGAAAAGUAUCAGGAAGCGAUAGAUGUUCUUGGCGAAGAAAAUCCGUUUUCGAAAAAAGAUUAUGGAUCUGUAGUCAAAAAUACCGAAGGUGGUCUUCAGCUCGAGGCAUCUAUGUGUUAUCUUCGUGGACUCGCAUAUUCUCAACAGACAAAUCUCGAUAAUGCAAAAAAAUGUUUCAAGGAAGCGCUGGAAUUGGAUGUAAAAUGCUAUGAAGCAUUUCAUGAACUCGUAAAUAACCACAUGUUGUCAAGCAAAGAAGAGUGGGAGUUCAUUAAUUCGUUGAAGUUUGAGGAACAGUUGGAAAGUGAAGAGGCGUAUUUUAUCAAAAUGAAUUACCUUUCAAUGCUAAAAAAGUACGAGCACUUACCAGAGAUUCAAGAGGCGAGGUCGGAAUUGGAGGAGAGGUUUAGAUUGGAAAGCAACGCAGAUGUACUAAUGAGCCAUGCGGAUGAGUUAUACGCACAAUGUCGAUUUAAAGAAUGUUACGAGAUCACGACAAAAAUACUUGAGCAGGAUAUGCAUAACCAAGAUUGCCUUCCAACUCACUUAGUUUGUCUCCACGAAUUGCGUGAGAAAAAUAAACUGUUUUUGUUAGUUCAUGAUUUGGUUGAAGUCUCUCCAGAAAGGCCAGUCACGUGGUUUGGUAUUGGAUGUUAUAAUUAUUUGAUUGGCCAAAAUGAUGAGGCCAGAAGAUAUUUUAUCAAGGCUUCUACUAUGGACUCUCAUUAUGGACCAGCAUGGAUAGGAUUUGGACAUACAUUUGCGGCAGAAUCUGAACAUGAUCAGGCCAUCACCGCUUACUCCACCGCAGCAAAAUUAUUCCCUGGGUCACAUCUUCCUCCCCUCUUUAUUGGCAUGCAACAUCUUCAAGCCAAUAACCUUUUAUCUUCAGAAGAGUAUUUGCUAACGAGUUAUAAUAUCUGUAAAGGGGAUCCGUUAAUUUUGAAUGAGCUGGGAGUGUUAUGUUUUAGAAAGCUCAACUAUGCUCAGUCAGUCGAGUACUUUAAAAAGGCGCUUGCGCUUGUUGAAGAGACAAAAUGCCGGCCACAGAUUUGGGAAACCACAUGGAUGAAUCUUGGUCACGCAUUCAGGAUGCUAGGAGAAUUGGACGCCGCCGAGACAUAUUUUAAGAAAGUAAUAUCAAUGUCGCCACCCAACCAAAGCGCGUUGACUGCUCUUGGAUAUAUUUAUCAUGUGAAGGAGGAUUUUGAAGAGGCAAUUAUGUAUUACCAUGAGGCAUUAGGAAUACGCCCAUCUGACCCGAUAACGCAAGAUCUAUUAGGAUUAUGCCUUGAAGAAAUGAUUAAUGGUUCGAAAAGCGAUAAAGUCGAGUCUUC